AUACGACUGAACAAUCAUUGAUAUUAAUACAAAUAAAUAUAGUAUAAGACGCACAUUCACGCUGAUGUCAGAGUCAAGUGCAGUUGUUUUCGAGUGUAUAAAGACAAACAAAGUUUUUUGUUUUUUGUUUUUAUCAAACUUUGAAAAUCAGAUGUUUUUAUUUGAUAAACAAACAUUCUAAAAAGAAAUUUACUUUAAAAAAUGGGUAUCGAAGGAUUGACAAAUUUUUUGAGAAAUGAAAAUCAAAUUGUUCCAAUUGAUAUUCGGAGAGAAGUGAACAAGUGGAAACGUACGCAUCGUGGUCAAGAACCAAUUUUGGUAAUGGAUUUUUUGAGCGUGAGUAAUGGAAUUGUGGGACAAUUUAAAGAUCAAUUUGUGUAUGGUGGUCGUCAUCGACACAUUCAGGAAUAUUUGAAAUCUCUUCUGUUGAAAUUUUUGCAAAUUGGUUGUCGGUUAGUAUUUUUCAGUGAUUAUAAUAUUCAAGUUGGUAAACAAGGUGAAUGGUUACGCCGACGAAAUUUAGAAUUUAAAAAAUGCACCGAUCUAUAUGAUUGGAUUGGUGAUGGGAAAACACCAGAAGAAAUGUGUAAAAUGCCCAGAAUAUACCGGCUGGCGCUAAAGUCACUAUGCUACGAAAUGGAAUUGAUUGCACAGAUUUUCGGUGAAAUGAACUAUACCAUUAAGCAUGAAUGUGACUUGGAAAUUCUGCGCUAUGCAAAGCAGAAUAAUGCUAUGGCAAUCGUGUCAUGCGAUACGGAUUUUCUUAUGUUUGAUGGUUCAUGGAGACUUUGGUCAUCCGAUGACAUAAAAAUCAAAUCGGGUAACUUAGUAACUUGUGAAUACAAUAAAACAGCCAUUGAAACCAUUUGCUCGCUCACUAAAAAGCAAUUACCGCUAUUGGCGACUCUGAUAGGCAAUGAUUUUACGAAAGCACAUCGUAAUAGUCUAAAUGCUUUCCAUCGUACGCUGGGUGAACCUGAAGAUAAAGUGAAAAAUGUUGCGCGUUUCAUACGCCAACUUGACCGAAAUGAACUAACAGAUAUUGAUAUAGCUGAAAUCUUUGGCAAUGCUUUCGAUGAAAUACGGGUGUUGAUUGAAAAAAGUCUUGAAUCGUAUAAAAUCGAUGAUGAUUCAACGGCGAUAAUUACGGAUCCAAUUGCAAUGAAGCUACUUGGCACGCUGAGCUAUCCAGCGUAUAUGACGAUUAUGGGUCCCAUUCAUGGCAUCAAUAUGAACUUUUAUGAUAUGCGCGGUUGUGGAGAAGGCGUGAGCCUCUCGAAGCUGUCAAUCGGCUGGUUGCAACGAAAAAUUGGCCUUUUACGGAAACAAAACAAUGAUGAAUCCUUCACAUUUACAUUACUGGCAAAGAAAAGUCUUGACGAAGAUUACGCGGCGAGUGAAGAAAAACCUAUCUAUCCCGAAUUUUCAGUUCCCCCCUUAGACGAUUUAUACCUUAACAACACAGAUCUUGAUAUCAUUGAGUUUCGAUAUAAAAUCUUGGGCUGGAUUAUGGGCAUCCCUGAUGAAAUCAUUCGUGAACUAAAACAUCUGCGAAAAUUCAGCGCAAAAAGAGCAACUUUGUACGUUUUGGUCAAGAACGGAUUGAUCGAUGUUUGCGAAGCUGAUUGCAUUCUAUAUACUGAAGUCAGAUCGUUAGAAGAUUCCCGUAAAAGAGUAAAAUAUCCAACAAAGAUUAAUCCGAAUCACAUUCGGGUCGCUCAAAUUUAUAACAUCUCAUUUACUAAUGUGCGCCAAAAUUUUGAAAUCGCUGGCCUGUUACCUUUACGCCACUUUGAGCGUACUGACAUAGGCAUGGCUGAGAUUGUAUCACAAUUCGAUGGAAUAUACUUUCAAAACUUGAUGGAAAAAGUCACUCACAUGAAUCAUAAUGAACGUGACGAAUUCUUUUCUCUUAUCAAAAACUAUCGAAUCUAUGCAGAUGAUCAAGCAUUUUGUUGAUGCGCUUUAAAAGCCGUUUUAAAUUUAACCAUGGAUUUUUUUCCCAAUUUUUAUAUGCUCUAAAUAAAAAAUUGUAAUAUAAUUUUUUUUCAUCUUGUUAUGGAA